AGAGGUUUGAGGUAAAGAAUCAGUGCAGUCACUGAGUUGCARUCAUGAAGCUCACUUUGACAUUGCUGUUUCUCUUUGGUUUUAUUGCCUUCAUUUCUGCUGCUCCACUGGAAGAGACUCAAGAUGAGCCAGUAGCUGAGCAAGAGAAAGAUGGCGUUCAAGAUGAGCAAGAGGAACAAAAUGAUGACGAUGAAAAUGAUCAAGCUGACGAAGACGAAGUAGAUCAAGAGGAUCCAGAAAUUGACGAAGAUCAACCCGAGACUGAAUUGGCAGAAAGUGAAGAAAACCCUGCUGAACAAAACGAUCCAAGAAUACGUUGCAGACGUUUUAGAAUAAGACGCUGCUUUCGAACUAGAUGCGGCCGAUUCCAAUGCAAGUUCGUUUACCAUGUUAGCUGUGUCCGUCGUCGUUGUGUACGGUGGAAAUAUCGAUGCCUUCCUCGGCGUCGAUUUUGCCSUCAUUCUAGACGAAUUUGUAGAAUCCGUCGUUGCCGCCACAAUCGAAGAAAAAAGUGCCGCUACUGCUUUCGUCGUAGACGAUUUUGCAGAUAUUACGGUGGAUCAUGCCGUCGGUAUUGCGUUAGACGUGGCUAGAAUGUUGUUGGGAAGUAGAAACGACCAAGAUUUGAAUCGACCAUUGUUGACCGGAUACGAACUGCACCUAAAAGCCACAUAGUUAUUGAAAGCAUUAGUUUAAGCACCUAGAUGAAAUCAAUAAUUAAUGUAAUUGAUCGCUAAUUAUUUUAAAUGAUUGUUAUCCUAUGUUAAUCUAUCUUCUGAGUGUGUUC